CUCUCGCGGGCUUGGCUUCCCGCCGCCAGCAUGCCGCACGCCUUCAAGCCCGGGGACUUGGUGUUUGCCAAAAUGAAGGGCUACCCGCACUGGCCGGCCCGGAUCGAUGACAUUGCUGAUGGUGCUGUGAAGCCCCCACCCAACAAGUACCCCAUCUUCUUCUUUGGUACACAUGAAACAGCCUUCCUGGGACCCAAGGAUCUGUUUCCCUACGACAAGUGGAAAGAUAAGUACGGGAAACCAAACAAGAGGAAAGGCUUCAAUGAGGGACUGUGGGAGAUCCAGAACAAUCCCCACGCCAGUUACAGUGCCCCUCUGCCGGUGAGUUCCUCUGACAGUGAGGCCCCUGAGGCUGACCCGGCAGGCAGGAGUGAGGACGACGAGGACAGAGGAGUAAUGGCUGUCACAGCUGUGACUGCUGCAGCCACCAGCGACAGGAUGGAGAGUGAUUCGGACUCAGACAAGAGCAGUGACAACAGCAGCCUGAAGCGAAAGGCAUCAGCCUUGAAGAUGUCAGUCUCAAAACGAGCCCGGAAGGCCUCCAGUGACCUGGAUCAAGCUAGUGUGUCUCCAUCCGAGGAGGAGAACUCUGAAAGCUCAUCUGAGUCAGAAAAGACCAGUGAUCAGGACUUCACCCCUGAGAAGAAAGCUAUGGUCCGGGUGCCAAAGCGGGGCCCCCUGGCUGGACGGAAGAAAAAGGUAGAGAAGCCACCCUCGGCUUCUGACUCAGACUCCAAACCAGAAUCAGAAGGGGCUAAGGGUGAGCCAGUGGCCAUGACCAGGUCGGCCUCCUCCUCCUCUUUGGCCUCCUCAUCCUCCUCGGAUUCCGACGUGUCAGUAAAGAAACCUCCCAGAAGCAGGAAACCAGUUGAGAAGCCUCCCCCAAAACCCCGUGGGCGGAAACCGAAGCCUGAACGGCCUCCGAGCAGCUCAAGCAGUGACAGUGACAGUGAGGAGGUAGACCGAAUCAGUGAGUGGAAGCGCCGUGACGAGGAACGGCGACGUGAACUGGAGGCCCGGCGGCGCCGAGAGCAGGAGGAGGAGCUGCGGCGUCUGCGGGAGCAGGAGAAGGAGGAGAAGGAACGGAGGCGAGAGCGGGCCGAGCGCGGGGAGGCCCUGCACGGGGGCAGUGGAGGCAGCAGCGGCGAUGAAGUCCGGGAUGAAGAAGAGCCCGUCAGAAAGCAGCGCGGCCGGAAGGGUCGGGGACGGGGGCCCCAGUCCUCCUCCGACUCAGAGCCCGAGGCUGAGCUGGAGAGAGAGGUGAAGAAAUCAGCUAAGAAGUUACAGCCACAAAGCGCAGAGCCCACGAAGAGACCCAGCCAGAAAGAGAAGAAAGGGCGCCCUGAGGAGAAGCCCCGAUCCAGGCCCGUGAAGGUGGAACGAACCCGGAAGCGGUCAGAAGGGUUCCCACCGGACAGGAAGGUUGAGAAGAAGAAAGAACCUUCCGUGGAGGAGAAGCUUCAGAAACUACACAGCGAGAUCAAGUUCGCCCUGAAAGUUGAUAAUCCGGAUGUGAAGAGGUGUUUGAAUGCACUAGAGGAGCUUGGGACCCUGCAGGUGACCUCUCAUAUCCUCCAGAAGAACACUGAUGUGGUGGCCACGUUGAAAAAGAUUCGCCGUUACAAGGCCAACAAGGAGGUAAUGGAGAAGGCUGCGGAAGUCUAUACCCGCCUGAAGUCACGGGUCCUGGGACCAAAGAUUGAGGCCAUCCAGAAGGCGGCCAGAACUGGAGCAGAGAAGGAGCAGGCUGAAGCAGAGAAGGCUGAGGAGGCUCUGGUUGGAGAGGAGGUCCCAUCAGAGAGGGCAGAGGAUGAGGCCAGUGCUGAUCUCUCAGCCUCAGUGAAUGGUGAGGCCACAUCCCAGAAGAGUGGGAACACAGAGGACAAGGAGCAGGAGGAAGGACAGAACUCGGAAGAGGGGCCGGUGGGGGGCUCCUCUGAAGACUUGUUACACAAUGACAGCACGAGGGAGGGCCCCGACCUGGACGGGCCCGGGAAGGACCGGCAGGAGCGCCAGAGGGCGCACGUGGACUCUGAGUCCCUGGACGACGAGGACAGCUGAGCCCCGGGCAGCCCGGCGGCCAGGCCCCGCCCGUCAUGUAGAUGCCCGUAGGCCUGCCCCACUCCUUCCCGGCCGCCCAGGGAGCAGAAAACUGUUGGGGAAAUGCUAUGUUCUUCAUUUGUAUUUGUCCCUCGGGUUUUUUUUUUUUUCUGUCCAAUUUCUGUGAUUUCCAACCGACAUGAAAUGACUAUAAAGGGUUUUUUUAAUGAAAAAAAAUCACUUUUAUUGGCUUGGUUUUCUAGUGUUACUGGUGCAGCUGGGCUGGAAUUGGGGAAAUGUCUGUAGCUGUCAGGGGCCCAUUUGGGGACGAAGGGUUUUAAGCCAUAGUGUCACCCUAUACAGUGAAUGUGAGCUUGGUUUUAAUGGUGUUCCCGGCCCCGCAGGGCUGAUGGUGAAGGAGUGGGGUGGGAGCAAGGCCUUUCCAAAAAUAAUAAAGGAAAAUAAAACUCUGAACUUUGAGGCUCAAACGGAGGCUGUGGUUUGAUGUCCUGGGUUUGGCUGCCCAGUACCCAGGAAGGAGGAGCAGAGGCUGGGAGGGUAGGUCCGGGACAGUGGCUACCAUGUUUCCCCCAAAAGCCACUGUCUUGCUUUACUGACUCAAUCAUUUUCUCUCUCGCCCACUUCACACCCCCUACCCCACCCCGCAAGGCAAGACUCUGAGUGCCUGGCACUGCCAGUUCAGGGCAUUCAGGCCAGGAAGGGUUCUGUGGGCUGUCUGUUGUCUGCACGUUCAGAGAGCAUAAACACCGGGGACAGGCCUCACUGUGUGACCUUGGGCAAGUAGUACCCCCACCCUGGGCUUCUCUUUUCUCACCUGGAUAGGGGAUGACUCCAGCCUCACAGGGCUGUUGUGGAUUUAGAUGGGGGCGGGGGUGUGCAUGUGUGGCUCCUAGCCGGGUACUUGCACACAGUAGUGUCUGGUUAAACAGUGGUCUCUCUUGUGUUCCCCUGUCCUGUGUGAGUCCCCCCAUCCUAGCUGAGAGGGAGACCGUGGUGUGGUGGGAGACUUCUUGAGCCCUGCCCACCCCCUAUUUGGUUUGGCCGGAUUUGCAGUCAAGUCACUUUGCUGAGUUUCUGUGAAUAGCUGAAUUCCCAGUGUCUUCACCUCUGAUAACCUUAUGUGAUGGAGGCCAAGGAAAGAAAGUCUCGGCAGGUUCCCCGACUUGUUCCUGUCGAGCCAGACACAGCACCCCAGUUCAGAGUCCCUCCCAGAUCCUGGCAGCCUUUGGUAACCCUUGGGGAGAGCUGGUUCAUUCAUCUUUGAGCUCAGAGCACCUGAUAAUUUCUGAGAAGAGGGUGCAGUGUGGGGUGUGCUGUCAGCAUGGUGCAGGUUCUGGGAAGGUGGGAGUGCGACAUGGCUUGGGCUGAUGGUAUUCUGACGUGUAGCUCCCAGCUGGAAAGAGGCCGAGGCCAAUGAGGGAGUAGUUCUUGGAUGAACAUCCUGAGUUUUCACAUCUGGGUACAGGGGCAGGGAGCUUGGACAUCUGUGGCUGGGAUUACAGGGGACACUCCCAAACCAUUGCAGGCCCUGGUCUCCAGCCUGGAGCACAUUACCAAGACCUGAAGGAUCAUUCAGCACAUUUUGUCACAUACUUCCUAGGGCCCUGUCCCCUGUGGGGAAGCCUUUUAUUUGGCCAUGGGAAGUCUCUGGGCCCUGGGACCAGAACUUCAGCUCUGUGAUGUGAUUUGCUUGCAGGGCUGGGCAGGUAGGCAAGCGGAUCAAGCAGGAAAGGGCUUGAUUUGUAAACCCCCCGCCACCCCCGAAGCAAUGUAGUCCUCAAAGGCUGGCUUCCGCAAAACUUGGGGAUGGGGUGGCUGCUGGUGACUAU